UUGCAUUAUUCAUUGUUGUUUCAAUCUCGCCGGAGCACGACAAAACGACAGUCCUUCAAACUAUUUCAAAACAUUUCCAAAGCUCAGAAGCAUCAAAAUGCGUCAACCUAAAGCAAGCACAAUCAUUCUAUCAUUACUGGCACUUGGCAGUUACCUUUUCAAGAUCGUUUUAAACGCUUUGGCAGGCCUUGGACACGAUCCUUUCUCGCAUUCUGUCGCGAAUGUCUCAGACACGUUUGUCCUCGAUAUAACUCCGGCCGGCUGGGCUUUCUCAAUUUGGGGGCUAAUAUACACAUGGAAUUUAGCCUACGUCGUUUAUGCCAUAACCACGGAGUGUCGAGACGUUCCACCGGUGUUAAAUGGCUUGUUUUAUUUGCUGUACAUCGUUUGUGAUAUUGCAAACGUCGCUUGGCUGUACGCGUUUACAUCCGAGUCGAUUGUCUCGAGUUGUGUGAUAUUGAUUGGGAAUCAAGUCGCUCUAUACGCGCUCUUGUAUGUAGUGUAUGUCAAGUACAGUACGUAUCAGAAAGAGCUUGAACAACAGCAUAAAGCUGACGCUAUAUGCAUGGCCGUCUUGGUUGAAAAUGGUGAGUUUGGACUUCGGGUCCCAGUGUAGGUUGUAUUCUACAAAUAAGCUGUUUAUCUCUAUUGCAAAGAAACGGAAAUAUGAUACAAUAUAUAAGCCCCCAUGCAUGUAUAAGCCCAUCAAAAAAUGCUUACGAACGAAUCCAUUAUCCCAGGGCUUUUAUAUAUUAGGAGGUUUACGGUAUUCAAAAUGAAGAAUUAAAAAUAAUAUUUAUUGUACCGGUAAACUAUACCGUGAGGCGUGAGCGAUAAGAAAUACAAACAUACAGUAACACAUGAUAAUAAAACAAGUUGGUUAACAUAUUAUAUUAAUACUCCAAUGUAAUUAUUAUCAUUCGUUUGAGCUCACAGAAGGGCUUAUAUUCGGAGGUUUACGGGUGUACGUAUGAUUGUAUGAAAAGCUGCACAGUUCUAUAAUGACCACUAAACGAAAAUUCUGCAAAAUCUGUGGCAACUUUAUGUUACUGUUAGUAUGCAUGGGUAGUUUACUAGUUUGGUGUCUUCUGGUAUCUCUAUCACCAAAUUAUUCUUAAAAGUGAAUUUUGGAAUGCAUCAGGGUUGUUUUCCAAAACCAAUUUAAUUAAAGAUGAAUUGCGCACAAAUUUGGAAGUACCAGACAAUUUAAUGUACAUUGCGACCUCUAAAACUGAAUAUUGUGAUAGACACACCAUCAGAUCCCAAAUCGUCCCUUAUACCUGGUGCCUGCAUGGCACUGCUUACUUGAUAUAUCUUAAUUAAACUGACCUCUGUAAUCUCACAAUUCAAUCAUAUUUUAAGUUCUUAAUUUUGUAUGAUUGGGUGCAUGGCAAUAAAUAUAAUAUUUGUUUUGUGGAAAACACGUGUUUUUGUUCAUAAUUGCAAAUUUAUGCAUAUUUUAUUUCUCUCUAGGUAUUAUGCUUAAUGCAGCCUGGGCGACCAUUGCUUCGCUGUUAAACAUUGCUAUGGUGCUAACCUACCACUUAAAUGCACCAAUGCCGACGGCCUGUGCACUGGCGCUUGCCGCUCUCCUGGUCAUCGCAUUACUAUGGUUCAUCCUACAGAAUUUCACAUUUCAACCAUACCUCAACUACACCUACUCUGACUGGCCGGUUAUUCUGUGGGCGCUCGCUGCAAGCCUGGCCAAAAAUUGGGAUCCGAAAAGCAUCAGUGCUCGCUUCACCAUGGCCUUGCUGGUUAUAGUCAUAAUACUAGUCAUUGCAAGAAUUGCAUUGCAAGUGAACAAGAAUAAGAAAGUGAAAUACUUUGAUCAGCCUUUGCUGAAUGAGAAGUUUAUACAUUUAAGUAUGUGAGAUGGUUCUUUUAUACUGACCUCAAUACUGUGGCCAUUGAUUGCGAGAAAUAUGAGCUAAAAACGGGUAUACGAAUGCUUCAACUUCAAUAAUGAUAAAUGUGUUCAAUGGCUUUGAUAGCUAAGGAUAGUAACUGUAAGGGGAGUCUUGAAUCUUGUGUGUUGAUUUAAUGUAUAUUGUAUUGUAUUGUGUUGAUUUAAUUUAAAAAUUUUCCAAUAAUCUUGGUGUGUGUUACGAUAUUUGAAAGUGUAGCAAAUGGCGCAACAAAUAUUUCAUAUAAAAAUAACAUCUUUAUGUAUAAAAACUACAAUGUACAUAAAAUACAGAUAUGUACACACUACUAAUAUUCACAGGUAGUACAUUGUACUGUGUGUAUGCAAUUGUAUUGCUUUUAGUCAUUUAUCCACCUCAAUUUUUCUUAUAUACAAAUAUCUAUCAUUCUAUCCACAAAAGUCUCGUCUUAUAUCCAUCUAUUUACACUAGGGAGGAGAGACUCAGACAGUGAAAAAUUAAAUGUAGGUGUUAUUUGGUUGGACUCAGGCGAAAUACUUUAAUCAAACGUGGUAUCUUUCUCUUUUUUGCUAAGCGGUCAUGUUUGGCAGGAUGGAUGUAGUUAUGUGGAUACACUGUUGAACACUUUGAGCAACAUUGGGACACUGUAGGACAGUCGGUGAUACCCAGGUACACUCUUGGAGAGCACGAGUGCACCCAGGGAUAAUUGCUGAUGGUAUAAAAAACUUUUCCAUGUCAAUCUCGCUUUCCGGCUCCAUUUUUCGCUUUCCGGCUUCGUGGCUGUCACGCGCGCAUCACACGCAACAAAAUACCAAGUCAAUCUUGUACCCAGGCUCUUUCCUUUACGUUCCAACCUCGGAAUGGGCCUGGGUACAAGAACGCUUUUACCUUGGUCAACAUUACUUGGGUUUCGGCGGUUGAGGAAAGUUGGAAUUAGAAUUCCCACGCAGUACAUAUGAACCACCAUUGGGCAGCUGUCCUUGAGGCUUGGCGAGAUGGAUGGAGGAGGACGUGGGGGGCUGGUGACGACCAUGGCGUGUGACGUCAUAGGAAGAUGGGAUGUUUUGUGGUGGGUAGGAGUUUGAAGCGCGAAGUUUUGCUAAAACAAAGGAAA